CGUAAGAGACCGGCCAUAUCCGGACUCGGCUAGAUAUUUCACGAAACUGUCGACUGCGCGCGUUUGACACAUCUUAUACGACCAGACAGGGCAGGCCAGUUAGUGUGAGCCACAGCGCCUGCAAGCAACAAAAGAUGACCGACAAUCGAGAAGAAACUGAGAGUCCAACAGUGACGGUACCAGUCAAAAAGUCAAGGAACGUUCUGCUGGCAGUUGAUGGCAGCAAGGGAUGCAAGAAAGCGUUUGACUGGUAUCUUGAAAACAUGUGGCGUUCAUCUGACUUAGUUCUUCUAGUGCACGUAUUCAACCCUCCAACUCUACCGUCAUAUUCUUUUUCUACCCCAGGAACAGGGCUUGUAGUGCCAGCUGCAUAUCAACAAUUGGUUGAAGAAGCACAGAAACAAGCUCGUGAAAUCAUCGAUGGAUAUGAGACAGUACUCAAGUCAAGCAAAGUGCCAUAUCGCACUAUAGUACACUCUGGUGAUACAGGAGAAACUAUUUGUGCCAUUGCUGAAGUGGAAAAUGCAGAUGCUAUCGUUGUGGGCUGCCGUGGACUUGGUGUGAUUCGUAGAACAUUCCUCGGCAGUGUCAGUGAUUAUGUUCUUCAUCAUGUCCACAUCCCUGUAACUGUUGUACCAGGGAAACAAAAGUGACGAAAUUGAUAGAGUUGGGAGAUCGUGAAUUGUGUUAGUUGCUAUAACUUCAAUGAUUGUAGUUGUUCAGAAGUCAGAAAUGAUCAUGAUCUGAUAAUCCAAUACUAAUGAUAGUA